AUGGCAAGGUGCCCUAAGCAGAGGAAGAAGGCUGUCAUUGUUGCAGUGUCCAUGUACUUGGAGCUCUUGCUCUAUUUCAUCAAGCUCCUCGUACAAUAUUAUGAUGCGUUAGAAGCUGAAGGUGCGCAGAUGUUAGAGCAUGUUUCUUCUUGGGAGACACCAAUAGGUAGACAAUUAGCUAGGAACUCUUUUAUGCGGUGUAUCGUUUCCCAUGGCGACAUAUCUUGCACCAUGCUUGUUAGAAUGAACUGUAGGACUUUUCAGAAGCUUUGUAAGCUUCUUAGAGAUGAGGGUGGCCUUAGGUGUACUUGGAACAUUGAGAUAGAUGAAAUGGUUGCAAUUUUUCUUUACACCAUAGCCCAUAACGAGAAGAAUCAUCACCUUCAAGUUACCUUUCGUCGUUCAGGAGAAACGAUUUGUAGGGUGAUCAAGAGUGUUCUUCGUUCGGUUUUGAAACUUCACUCUAUCUUACUUCGUAAACCCAAGCCGGAUCUUGAAAAUUCAGAUGAUCCAAAAUGGAAGCACUUCAAGAAUUGCCUUGGAGCACUUGAUGGGACAAUAGUCAAUGUACGUGCAACGAAAGAGAAUCAAGAAAGAUACCGUACUCGUAAGGGAACUAUUGGAAUGAAUGUCCUUGGAGUGGUUGAUCAAAAUAUGGAGUUCAUUUAUUGUUUGGCUGGUUGGGAGGGGUCGGCUCAUGAUGGGAGGGUUUUGAGAGACGCCCUUAUUAGGCCUAAUGGUUUGAAGGUUCCACGAGGUUACUAUUACUUAACAGAUGCUGGUUACAGCAAUUGUGAAGGAUUCCUCUCUCCUUUUCGAGGGCAACGUUAUCACCUGAAAGAGUGGGGUGGGAGACGACCAAGAAGCACUGAAGAGAUGUUUAAUAUGAGGCAUUCAACAGCAAGAAAUGGUGUAGAGCGAGCUUUUGGCAUACUGAAGAUGCGUUGGGCAAUCUUGAGAGACACCACGUGGUUUUCAACCGAAAUGGUUACAAAAAUCGUCAAUGCAUGUUGUUUGUUACAUAACUUCAUUCGUGGAGAGAAUGGUGCUGAUGUUUUUGAGCGUUUGUACAUUGAUGAAGACCCGGAGGAAGAACCUGAAGUCGUGGAUGAAGAACUUAUACUGCAUAUUCAACCUUCAGUCCAAUGGACAGAGUUUAGACAACAAUUGGCUGGAGAUUUAUGGGCUGCUAGAAGCUGGGCUACUAGUUGA